AUGGUUCUAGGUAGUAGGUCCCGUUCCUGCUCUACACGCCUUCUUUUUCUAUUGCGCUCUAGUUGGUUAUUUGUUUCAAUCAACGCAACGGCAUCAGUGGGCGUUGACAUCUAAAAUUCCCUGAAUGAUUAUUAUGUUUCCUGUAGAGUGAUAGAGAUAUGACCCGAGGUUUUGAACCUUGUAAGAAUAAUUCGAUAGUGUUUUAAAAAUUUACAACAAUUUAUUUGAACAGGAAGCAAGGGUACAGAUAUGAGAGCAAAAAAACUUGAUAACUAAAAAUAUUUUUUGUCCUAUCCAUGUUGGUAUGUUUUUGGGUUGAGGAUAAAAUUUAUUUGGUCAAUUCAAUAUAUACCAUUCUUCGAAUCUAUAAGGAGUGGACUGUUUGGAUAGCGGGUCUUGAAAUUUUCCGUUUCUUUUACGUGUUCCUGAAGACUAAUUAGGGUGGUCCCGUUUGGUACGAGUCUGUUGGAUGGCGUCAUGCCUUCGAGGCUAAGGCAGCAUUUGCAGACGUGCUUCCCGUUGGCCGCGUUGUAGUAUCCAACGAUUCUUUCGCUGUUGAUACAGGCGUUUGCCAUCUCUGCUGCGGUUUUAUCCAUAUUAUGGAGGCAAUGCGACCGGAGCAGGAGGAGAUCCGCUACGGUGAUCCGAACUCGAUCGGCAAGUUCUGGGAAUCUAUCCGCGUGCCAGGCGUCGAACGCGGCAAAGUCCGUCUAAAUUUCAAGUGA